AUGGGUCGUGCAAAGCUAGAAAUAAAGAAAAUCAAGGAAUAUGGACCUCGUCAAGGGGCGUACACAAAUCGCAAGAGGGGAGUCGUGAAGAAAGCUGAUGAAUUAUCAAUUCUUUGCAACAUAGAUGUGGUGCUCACAAUGUUCUCUCCAGCUGGGCGUCCAACAACUUUUGCUUCCAAUGGAAGGAGCGAGGAAAUCUAUUUGCGAUAUUUCAGAAGGCCUGAAUCUAGAAGAGGGCAUGUUCUAGAUGCAUCGCCUAUUGUUGGGAGGCUCAAAUGUCUGAAGCGCGAACGAGAAUUGAUGGAGACAAUAUCGAGGAGGGAGGCUCUCAAGAAAGAAAUCAAUCUUAUCAACGAAAAAGUUAAGGAUACUAGUGAUAAGCUCAGGUCUUGCUUCUCAUCUAUUAUUUUUACGGACUUGAUUUUGUAUCAGGUUGACUGA